AACCCCUCUUCUCGGUUUCCCUAUUGGCAAGGUGGCACCAGGUGACUUGGUCGUUUCGCGAUUGUGUCGCGAUCACUCGUUAAACUCGCCUUCGAACAGCCGGGCAAUUCGUCAAACACUCGAUAUAGCCCGGGAUUCGAUCAGAUUUCGCGACUCGUUAUUUCCAUUCUUUUCUCGAGAGAACGUUUCCGGUGAUUCGAGCGAAUAGCGAAUUUCCCAGCUUCCAAAGUUUAGUGAACAUUUUGGAUGGCGAUCGCGUGAGCGCGAACAUGCUCCACGAUUAAUCUCGCCACCCCGAUUCUGUCAGAUUCAUUUGGAAGAUACGAUAUCGCGGUACCAAAAAAAUUAAACUGUGCAAUCCAUAAAGCUCUGUGCGUGUAAUACUUUUUGGUUUGACAAUUUUGUUGGAGGGGAGAAAUGGGAACGGUUGUGAGAAUUUGGGCGAUUCUCAGUCUGAUCGGUCUGUCGUACGCAGACAAGUCACCAGUGAACAUCCUAACGCCUUCGGGCAGUCUAAGUGCCUUCGAAGAGGAGGACAUACUACGCGUGCUGUCGCGCAACAAGACUGACACGACAAAGAACUCCACUUUCGUUCAGCUAAUCAGUAGUCUCGGCAAUUACACAAUAGACGCAGAAAAGGAUAUAUGGAGCGAUGGCAGACUGGAAAUGCAUCACACGAAUCCGCAUUACGAGAAUUUCCCCGAAGAAAUCGAUAUCGAGGCACGUAGAUUAUUGCAAAUCCUUCCUGCUUACGAUCCUGGUGCAGGUGGCGUCAGCGAGGAAUGCAAACGACAUUCCGAUAUUUUUCACGAGGAAUUCGCAAAAUUCACACUAUGGGCUCUCAAAAUGUAUGACGCAACCGCGAAGGUACCUUCUGGCCUAUUGAAUGGAAAUAUUAAUCAAUUUGGCGAUUUCGACGAGUGCGUCGGUGUCGAGGGCAAGGAUGGGAUUCGAGGACAAUAUUGUCUGACGUAUCUGCAGUUGGAUGUCGAUCAGUCUCGACCGGAUCUCAAAUAUUUGCAUCGCUUGCUACAUUCGCACUAUGCAUUCCGCAGUAACAUGACCGACCCUGGUCACAGAGUACCGCGUUUUAGCACCGUAAAUUGGGCCGUAUGUACACCCGCAUCAUGUACAGCCGAAGACGUGAAAAUCUCUCUUCAACAUGCUAUCUCAAAGUACACGACUCAAACUGGUCUUAAAAUUACGCUACAUGUAGAUAAAGAGAUGUGUCAAGUAAAGGAUGAACUUGUUCUAUCAAAAGCGACCAUCGCUACUAGUCUUCUCUUUGCUACCGUAAUCAUCCUGACUCUCGUAGCUGCGUACUACGACCACUGCGAAAUAUCGACCAGCGAAUUGCUUCUAUCAUUCUCUCUGAAGCGUAAUGUCCGGAAACUUUUCUCAUUGGAAAGACCGCAGGGCGACAUAGCUGUGCUCCACGGUAUCCGAUUUUUAAACAGCGUUCUAUUAGUUAUAGCUCACAAGAGCAUGGCGGCAUUUUUUACUCCUUAUGUGAACCGCACUUACAUGAGUGAGUUUUUAGGUAAAUCGUGGACCGUUAUAGGAAGAGCGGCCAGUCUUUAUACCGAUCCCUUCAUCAUGUUGUCCGGUUUGUUAACAACGUAUUCGUUCAUAGGCAGAUUGAAUAGAACCGGAACAUUGAAUAUCAAGAACGAAUAUUUAUCGCGCUUGCUGAGAUUAGUACCUACUUUAGGAGCUCUGAUAUUAUUUUGUACUCACAUCAUGCCGUACAUCGGAUCUGGACCCCAAUGGCCGUUGGUGGUGACCAAUCACGCGAACAUCUGCAAAAAAACGUGGUGGCGAAAUUUUUUAUUUAUUCAUAAUUAUUUUGGAUUUGAAAAUAUGUGUCUUACGCACACGCAUCAUGUGGGAAUAGACACGCAAUUAUUUGCGAUUUCACCCAUCAUGGUAUUGCUCCUAUAUAAAAAACCAAAGAUCGGCGUUAUUGUACUCGGUGCAAUAGCCGUGAUAUCUACAAUAUUGAGAUUUUACGUCACAUAUACGAGAUAUCUCAACAAUUAUGUAUACUUUGGCACGUCAAUAAGACAGUUAUUCGAUACUGCUGAUUUUUCCUACACAUUACCAUCGCAUAGAUUAACCGUUUACAUCAUAGGCAUCUUUGCAGGCUACUUACUUCGGAAUAUGCCUAAGGAUUUUAAAUUGAGCUCAACAGCUCUCUAUACAGGUUGGAUUGUGUGCACUAUAAUGUUCUUAGCAGCUUUUAUUGGACCAUCUAAAAUGGGAUCAAUUGAUUAUGUGUACGAUCCGAUUCACGCAGCUACUUAUAACGCUUUCGCUCCUAUCGGAUGGUGCGGAUUAUUUAUUUGGAUGGCUGUAACACAGCAUACUGGUAGUUCAAAUGGAUUCUUAAAUAAAUUAUCCUCUUGGCGAGGAUUUCUUAUUACUACGAGGAUUAGUUAUGCUGUCUAUUUAACGCAGUUCCCAAUAUAUUUCUUCAAUGUUGGACAAACCCGCACUGCGGAGCAGUAUGAAUUUUUCAGGAUAAUGGUAAAUCUGAAAGAAAUAAUAUGGAUUUUUGCUAUGUCCAUAAUUCUCACACUGCUAUUCGAUUCACCCUUCCAAAAUCUAAAAAAUUAUUUAUUAAAAAAACCAGUGUUACAAAAAGAUAAGACAAAAUCAUCCAAAAUAGAAUAGAUCUCUUUUAAUUUGAAUUCAAACUAAAUGUUUAUCUUGAUCAUAACAAUUUAGAAUUUUGUACAUAGUAUUUUUUACUAAGGUUUUAAUCCUGUUAAUGUAAUUAAUGUAUAAUGUACAUGAAAAUACUGUUCGGAAAAGACUCAUGAAAAAUUAAAUCACAUUU